GUUGUGUAAACGUUGGGGGAAACAACGACCGGCGGCCGUGACUUGUGUGAGGACAGGGGUCGGUUUCUCUGGAGACCGCUGCGAGCAGGCGACAUUUCAGGAGAGGACGGCUGACGUUUGCUAAACAGCGAGGAGGGAGAAACAGGACGGGCUGGCUGCUGUGGAGAAAAUGGCGACGGUAGAGGAGAUGAACAAGGGACUGAGCGCCCUGUUGGACAUUUUGGACACCCUGUCAACUGACAAUAACAAAAACGGAACCAGUCACCUACCUCAGGACAAGACAAAGGGCGUGAACGCAGCAUGGCAGGGCAUUUGUAAGGAGUACUUCGGAAAGACCCAGGGUGAAGAUGCCAACGCGGAGGCGAAGCAGAUGGCGCAGAUUGUGUCCCACCUGACGAGGUGUAAGGACGCCAUGUGCAGACUCACGACGGACGCAAUUCAAUGUUCUAAAGACACUGCAGAGGCUCUGGAUAAGGAGAAGAACGACACGGCCCAGCUGCGAGCGCGCGUGGAGGAUCUCGGGAGAGAGAUGCGGUCUCUCCAGGCGACCAACAGGAACCUGCAGAGACAGCUGGAGGAGAAGGCAGACGAGGUCAAACUACAGAGAGCGAUUAUCAGCAGAAGAGACAGUCAAAUACAGCUCAGACCCGGCGGUAAGGUGGAGGAAGAGGCCAAUAAACGGGAAGACGCGCUGCUAGCACAGAUCGAGGCCAUAAAGGCAGAAAACAAUGAGACAAAAACUCGUCUUCAGGGGAGAAUAAAGGAAUUAGACGAACACCUGAGAAUGGAAAAGAUGAGAAGAACGUCGAAUGCAUCUGACAUCACAAGGGAUUUGCUAAGUGAAAAGAAGAAAAUUUACCAAAUGGAAAAGGAGAUAAACGCCCACCAGAAGUACUUCCUGGCCUGCGUGAACGGUCUGCGCACUGACGUCAGGUUCAUGACCGAUAACGAGGCUCCCAUGGUGCGUCAGAGACUGGAGCUGGUUCACGACGCCAUCUUGGACGGGCAGUUCUCCAUCCUGAGCGGCAAGCUGCCGGCACACUACUCCGCCUCGGAGGACGACAUACGGAUGCCUCUCGGAAAGAUGAUCAAAGAAGCCGCGAAACCACCUCCGCCGGCCGAAUCAAACGGACCAUCCUCCACCAGUACCAUAAAGGAGCAUGAAGAACCGGACGACACGUCCUCAGAACAAACCUUCGACAAGGAACACCCCGAGCUCAUCAACAGGGCGACGGGGCGGCUGGACAUGUACACCGCGCUCAAGUGUUUCCCACACAUGAAGGAACCGGAGAUGAAACACCACUUCGACAUGUUUACCAAAUACGACAAGAGCAGAGACUUCAAUCUGGACAUGGGAGAGCUUGUGAGGGCGCUGAUGACGGUCGCUCCUGGAGUCAAGUUUACAGCCGCGCAGAUCAAGGAGCUAAUGAAAGAAGUGGACGUAGACGACACCGGCACUAUCGACUUCUACGAGUACCUGAUCAUCUACAACCUGCUCACCAAGGAAGGAGGAAAGUCUGAGAUUUUCCAUCGGGAGAUGUCGACAGCGUCAAAGGAAAACGUCAGCAAGGCCUGUGUCAUCCAAUGACGUCACCAAGACCAUCCAAUAAGAUCGUUCUGACGUCAUCAGUCACGUGACACUUGAGUACUUUGAGCUCAGAAUUCUAGCCGUUGAA